GGCCCGAUGCUGAUCGUUGACCUCCCAGUCUCAAGGCGUCCCGUGGCUGAAGGCGCAACUGCGGCUGCGCAACGUCAGCAUCGCCAACGCCCUCGAUAAGUCGGACCUUGUGUCCUUGCUCAUGCCGUUCGCAAACGAGCUGCUGCCCCAGUCUCGGAGGGGAGAAGAGUCUGGAGGGGCGAGGGAGAGAGGCUUCGAGCGAUUGCCCGUGUCAGACGGGGAGUCGGAGAAAGAGGACAGGUAGCAUGCGACUUCCUUGCUGGAGUGUGGGGUGAGUCUGUCAGUUACUCGAGCAAGGAGAUGGAGAGGUACGGGUUCGACUCGAGCCUGAAGAAGAGUACGCCCAAGAACAAGACGGGGUUCUCCCAUGGGAGGCAAACGAAGCAAGGCCGCGAUGGUAGUAUGUAUACGAAGAUGCGUUUCUCCCGUGAGCCCUCCGUCGUCCUGCCGAGCAAGAAGCCCUGGCAUUACGCAGAGUUUCUCGACGACAAUCGGCUGGCCGGUAAGAUCAAAGUGCAUGCGGACGAUCGGUUUGGCCGGAAGACGAGCGUGUACGCUAAACCGACAGACACGAUCCAAGACCUGAAAGUCUUGAUCGGAGAGAAAAUCGGGAGAGACCCGCGGUCGCUGAUUCUUCAGAAAUGCAAGCAAGUGUACAACGACAAGAUCACGUUGUCAGACUACGAAGUACACGACGGCAUGAACUUCGAGCUUUCUUACCACCGUGCAUACAUAUUCGAUACAUGACUUGAAACUUCAGUGAAUCUUUCAACUGCUACAAGUAC